UGAGUGGCGGCUGGCUCUCUCAGAUCGCUCUCGCUUGACUACCAUUGCUGCACGCAUUGUUGAAGUGAAAGGAAAGUGGACAGCUUGAUCCUGGUGUGGGAUGCGUCGGCAGAGACAGUGGGAGAGAGAUCGGGUUUUGAUGUGAAGCACAAUAAAGCAGAAAGACUGGCAAGAAGACACAGAUCCAACUGUGGUGGUUUGGACCACAACAGAAGAGAGGGUGUCCGCCCCGGCCGCACCAGGGGACAAGAAGAAGAAGAAGAAUAAGGAGGUACCACAUUAAAAGGAAGCCGUGAGCUGCAUUUGUAGCGUGGGUGGGCAGGUGAGGGCUGAGCUGUGGUGACAGCUUUGGGCCGUGUGCCGAAUUCUGGUACAGAAGAGGAAGAGGAAGAGGAGGAGUGGACGUAGGAGGAGGAGGAGGAAGAGGAAGAGGAGGAGGAGGAGAGGGAGUAGUGGGCCUGGGCGUGAGGCCCAAACACAAGCAGGAUGGGAGAGAAGAAAGUUAGUCUCCCUGCUAAGCUGAUUAAUGGGGGCGUGGCAGGCCUGGUUGGUGUGACAUGUGUAUUUCCUAUUGACCUGGCCAAGACCCGCCUACAGAACCAGCAGGGCAUCCAAGUCUACAAAGGAAUGCUCGACUGUCUGGCAAAGACUGUCAAGUCCGAGGGCUAUUUCGGAUGCUACAGAGGUGCAGCAGUGAACCUCACGCUAGUCACACCAGAAAAAGCUAUCAAACUGGCCGCCAAUGACAUCUUCAGACAGAAGCUCUCUAAGGACGGACAUUUGCCCCUGUGGGGGGAGGUGCUGGCCGGGUGUGGGGCAGGGACCUGUCAGGUGGUGGUCACGACUCCCAUGGAGAUGCUCAAGAUCCAGCUGCAAGAUGCAGGAAGGCUGGCUGCACAGAGGCCCGUGCCGGCUCCAGCUCAAGCUGCUGCUCCAGGUCCGGCUCCAUCGCUGGUGGCCCCCCCACCGCAAGCCCGGUCGACCCCUCCGCCACGGACCUCGGCCACGGGCAUCACGGUGGAGCUGCUGAAGACUCGGGGCCUGGCUGGACUCUACAGAGGGGCGGGAGCCACCCUAAUGAGGGACGUUCCCUUCUCCAUGAUCUACUUCCCGCUGUUUGCCAACCUUAACGCGCUGGGCCGGGAGAGUGCAGGUGGCCAGGCGGCCGUGCAGGACCAGGCGCCGUUCUGGCAGUCCUUCCUGGCAGGAUGCUCCGCUGGUUCAGUGGCGGCUGUGGCGGUCACCCCUCUGGAUGUCAUAAAGACCCGUCUGCAGACCUUGCAAAAAGGUGAAGGAGAAGACACAUACAGAGGAAUCAUCGACUGCACGAGGCGCAUCAUGACGAGAGAGGGCCCAUCAGCAUUCCUGAAGGGUGCAACGUGUCGCGCUUUAGUCAUCGCUCCUCUUUUUGGCAUCGCGCAGGGCGUCUACUUUCUCGGUGUGGGGGAGACGGUGCUAGAGUUGUUGGGAUAGCAGUGCUCGGCGUUGCGGUUGUGUUGCUUCUGUACAGAUAAUAUGCUGCUUUAAUCUGCAGCGAACGAAUGACACAACCGAGCGAGCAGAGAAAACAGAGAGAGAGGAGGGAAAUACGGCAACGAUCCCCUAACCAAAGGAAGAGCAGUGGUCUACAUUAUGAAGAGGCUCUAUUUACUAAUAUGUGGACCAGCGGGUUCACACUAAUCAAGGUUCUGUAGGUUUGUACAUGCUGUCAACAGGGUUCUGUAGGAUAAACAAGGUCCUGUGUAUGUGUGUGACUAAUCUGAGGGCAUGCCUCUGUUUCACCUGAGAGAGAAUAUUCUGUCUGGUUGUUACUAAGAAAGAACUGUUGCAUGUUUUCUUUUUUCUUUUUUUUAAGGCUGCUAACUAAAAUGCCUACCAAUCUGACCAUUUCUUUGGUCUGUGCAUCAUCCUAUGGAAGUGACAAAUCCCCCUUUCAAUCCAAUAUUGCGUAAUGUUUGAUGUCAGAGUCUGAACUGACUUCAGAACCCAAUCGUUGGGACGUGAAUGUGCGACGUCCUUCUGCCUGCUCUGUUAUGCAUUCCUCCCACUCCGUCCUGGAGGUCAGAGUUGUAAUCUCGGACUCCUUCGCUGGACUGGGAGGCGCUGCCUUUCAGUGUCUAUGAGGUCAUUAGUUAAUCUGAUGGUAAUGCUUUAAUCCCUGCAUUAGCAUACAAUAUACCCUAACAUACAGCUCACUUCCUGCUUAGAGGCCACACAGGUCAGACCGCUGCAUCACUGUCUCAUAGACUCGGCUUCCACUUCUCUUUACAUGAAACCUGCGACGCACCUCGGCUGGUUUUACCGCUCAGUUUUAGUUACAGUUACAAAAGUGUUGCUUCAAACGAUGUACGCACAAUAACUAAAGGAAAUGCAAUUAAAGCCUUAUUAUCAUUGCUAAUAGUUUCUAAAGCAUCAAAACUGUAAGUCUUAAAUGGAUUCAGUGGAAUUGGUGGCGUUGAAGUAUUGUUUUGGUACUCGAGUCCAGUUUAGCGAAGACAAUUAUAACUGUUAGACCCGUGGAGGGAGUAUGGCACCUUGUUCUGCCAACUGUUUGCCAUUACUUAUACCCAUUGGGUAGCACUAAAAAGCUUUUUUUCUCUCUCUCUUUUUUUUUUUUUUUUUACAUUUUUAAUGCAGGACACACGUCGAUGUGGUUAGCAUACUUAGGCUACUACAUUUUCCUCAUCGUAGCGUGAACAUAGCCGGAGUAAACUGUUUGUUUACAAGCUGUAAAUAAAGAUAUCUCAUCCAUGCUGA